UACAGUGUUUUUUAUUUCUUUCUUUGUUUCACGUCCAGAAAGCAACAAUGCUGUAUAUUUGUAGAAAUGUCCAUAUCUGAUCGUUCGCCUGACAUUUUCGUUAUAAUUACCGGACUUGUAUCAGGACCGAAUCCACAGGAGGGAGGAUGAAGCGGCGCAAUGCGGACUGCAGCAAGCUCCGACGCCCGUUAAAACGGAACCGAAUCACCGAGGGUAUAUAUAGCAGUACGUUCCUGUACCUGAAGUUUCUGGUGGUGUGGGUGCUGGUGCUGCUGGCAGACUUUGUGUUGGAGUUCAGGUUUGAGUACCUGUGGCCCUUCUGGCUGUUCAUACGCAGUGUCUACGACUCCUUCAGAUACCAGGGGCUGGCGUUCUCAGUGUUCUUUGUGUGUGUGGCGUUUACGUCUGACAUCAUCAGCCUCCUCUUUAUCCCUGUCCAAUGGCUGUUCUUCGCCGCCAGCACCUACGUCUGGGUCCAGUAUGUCUGGCACACAGAGAGAGGAGUGUGCCUACCCACCGUAUCGCUAUGGAUACUGUUUGUUUACAUGGAAGCUGCCAUCCGCUUCAAGGACCUGAAGAACUUCCACGUGGACCUCUGUCGGCCCUUCGCUGCUCACUGUAUUGGCUACCCCGUGGUGACUCUGGGCUUUGGCUUUAAGAGCUACGUCAGCUACAGGAUGAGACUGAGGAAACAGAAGGAGGUGCAGAAGGAGAAUGAGUUCUACAUGCAGCUCCUACAGCAGGCUCUGCCCCCGGAGCAACAGAUGCUACAGAGACAGGAGAGAGAGGCAGAGGAGGCGGCCAUGGCUAAAGGCGUGUCAUCAGACCUAGCACCUCUGGUCUCCCAAAACGGGGCUAGUCCCGGCAAGAAGAGCUCCGUUAACUCUUCUGUCCCCUUACCGGAGCUGGAGUACCGGGAGAAAGGGAGAGACGGCAACAGCAAGGAACGGGAGGGCAAACAACAACAACAACAACAACAACAACAACACACAAUAGGAAUCAACAACAACAGUAUCCUCCACACAUUGGACUCUACAUUACAGGAGACAGAGUAUAUGGAGAACAAGAGACUGAACAACGACCUCGGAGGAGAGAUCACACACACUCCCAAAGAGGAGGUGGGGGGAACAGGAGGGGGCGGAGGAGGAGGAGAGAGCACACACACUCCCAAAGAGGAGGUGGGGGGAACAGGAGGGGGCGGUGGAGGAGGAGGAGGAGGGGGGAAGAACUACAAAAACGCCAGCGGAGGCGGUGGGGCCACCAACUCCUCACCACGGAAUCACAGCUCCACCAAUGGGAGCGUGCCGUCGUCUGGCUCGUCCAAUAGGAACGAGAAGAAGCAGAAGUCGGCGGGGAAAGGAGCAGCCAAUCAGAAGGAUCCCGUGGAGAACUGCAUUCCCAACAAUCAACUGGGAAAGCCGGACGCUCUCGUGCGGUUGGAGCAGGAUGUGAAACGGCUGAAGGCGGACCUGCAGGCGAGCCGUCAGUUGGAGUCAGAUUUACGUUCUCACCUCUCCUCCCUGACCAGCCAGGACAGGAGUCUGCGCUCAGAGCUGGGCCAGCUGCGACAAGACAACGAGAUGCUGCAGAACAAGCUCUACAGUGCUGUCCAGGCCAAGCAGAAGGACAAGCAGACCAUCUCCCAGCUAGAGAAGAGGCUGAAGGCAGAGCAGGAGGCGCGGGCGCUGGCGGAGAAACAGCUGGCUGACGAGAGGAAGAGGAAGAAGGUGGAGGAAGCCACCGCAGCCCGGGCUGUAGCAUUAGCCGCAGCCUCCAGGGGUGAGUGUACCGACUCCCUGCGUGGUCGGAUCAGAGAGUUGGAGACGGAGUGUAAGAAACUCAGCAUCGACAUGAAACUCAAAGAAGAGCACAUUAGAGAGCUGGAGGGGAAAUGCCAGGAGCUGCAUAAGUACAAGGAGAAUGAGAAGGACAUGGAGGUGUUGAUGUCUGCGCUGUCGGCCAUGCAGGAUAAAACCCAGCACCUGGAGAACAGCCUGUCUGCUGAGACCAGGAUCAAACUAGACCUCUUCUCUGCCCUGGGAGACGCCAAGAGACAGCUGGAGAUCGCACAAGGUCAGAUCCACCAGAGAGACCAGGAGAUAGCGGAGUUGAAGCGGAAGAUAGCGGAGGUGAUGGCGGUGAUGCCCAGUAUCUCCUACAGCAACGACAGCAGCAGCCUCAGCCCGGUUACGCCACACUACUCCUCCAAGUUCAUGGACAAUAGUCCCUCUUCCCUGGAUCCCAACGCUUCUGUCUACCAGCCACUCAAAAAGUGACAAUAACACACACAUUAAUACACACUAACGCACACACACACACACACACACACUUACAAGAAUACAGAUUUACAAAAGACGGCUUACAUAGUCACAUCCCACUCAUACAUACAAAGACACAAACUCUUUGGAAGCGAUUGGAAAUGACCUCGGCGCUGUCUAGGACGAUCUUCUCCAAAGUGUUUUGGUUGUGUUUUGGUUGUGUUUUGGGAACCAGUUGCGGUCGGAGUCUCAGCCCCGUCGUUCUGUUAUUCUCUGUUUGUUCCCACGGUGAUGCCUUUGUGGGAGAGGUGGAGAGGUAAAACCAUACGAGGGAAGAUGUUUGUGUUUUGUGAUUGAGCCACUCUGAUUUGAACUGGUAAGAGAGACGUAAACGGACAUCGGAUUGACUGUCUCCUGAAUGGCGCCCUACAGCCCACGAGGAAUGUUCUGGGGGGAGAGAGAGACCAAUGAGGAAUGUUCUGGGGGGAGAGAGAGACCAAUGAGGAAUGUUCUGGGGGGAGAGAGAGACCAAUGAGGACUGUUCUGGGGGGAGAGAGACCAAUGAGGACUGUUCUGGAGGGAGAGAGAGACCAAUGAGGACUGUUCUGGGGGGAGAGAGAGACCAAUGAGGACUGUUCUGGGGGGAGAGAGAGACCAAUGAGGAAUGUUCUGGGGGGAGAGAGAGACCAAUGAGGACUGUUCUGGGGGGAGAGAGAGACCAAUGAGGACUGACUGGUUAAUUGGUAUAAAUGUCUAGAAAGACCCAUCGUUCUCUGUCUGUCAGUGCUUCAUGUUCUCUCUCUGUCUCUCUGUCAGUGCUUCAUGUUCUCUCUCUGUCUCUCAGUGCUUAAUGUUCUCUCUCUCUCAGUGCUUAAUGUUCUCUCUCUGUCAGUGCUUCAUGUUCUCUCUCUGUCUCAGUGCUUCAUGUUAUCUCUGUCUGUCAGUCAGUGCUUCAUGUUCUCUCUCUCUGUCUCUCAGUGCUUCAUGUUCUCUCUCUCUCUGUCUGUCAGUGCUUCAUGUUAUCUCUCUCUGUCUGUCGGUGCUUCAUGUUCUCUCUGUCUGUCAGUGCUUCAUGUUCUCUCUGUCUGUCAGUGCUUCAUGUUCUCUCUCUCUGUCUGUCAGUGCUUCAUGUUCCCUCUCUGUCUCUCAGUGCUUCAUGUUCCCUCUCUGUCUCUCAGUGCUUCAUGUUCUCUCUCUCUGUCUCUCAGUGCUUCAUGUUCUCUCUCUCUGUCUCUCAGUGCUUCAUGUUCUCUCUCUCUGUCAGUGCUUCAUGUUCUCUCUGUUUGUCAGUGCUUCAUGUUCUCUCUGUCUCUCAGUGCUUCAUGUUCUCUCUGUCUGUCUCUCAGUGCUUCAUGUCAUCUCUGUCAGUCAGUGCUUCAUGUUCUCUCUCUCUGUCUCUCAGUGCUUCAUGUUCUCUCUCUCUGUCUCUCAGUGCUUCAUGUUCUCUCUCUUUGUCAGUCAGUGCUUCUUGUUCUCUCUCUGUCAGUCAGUGCUUCAUGUUCUCUCUCUCUGUCUCUCAGUGCUUCAUGUUCUCUCUCUCUGUCUCUCAGUGCUUCAUGUUCUCUCUCUUUGUCAGUCAGUGCUUCUUGUUCUCUCUCUGUCAGUCAGUGCUUCAUGUUCUCUCUCUGUCUCUCAGUGCUUCAUGUUCUCUCUCUCUGUCUCUCAGUGCUUCAUGUUCUCUCUCUCUGUCUCUCAGUGCUUCAUGUUCUCUCUCUUUGUCAGUCAGUGCUUCUUGUUCUCUCUCUGUCUAUCAGUGCUUCAUGUUCUCUCUCUGUCUGUCAGUGCUUCAUGUUCUCUCUCUCUGUCAGUGCUUCAUGUUCUCUCUGUCUCAGUGCUUCAUGUUCUCUCUGUCUCAGUGCUUCAUGUUCUCUCUCUGUCUCUCAGUGCUUCAUGUUCUCUCUCUCUCUUGUCAGUGCUUCAUGUUCUCUCGUCAGUGCUUCAUGUUCUCUCGUCAGUGCUUCAUGUUCUCUCUCUCUUGUCAGUGCUUCAUGUUCUCUCUGUCUCUCAGUGCUUCAUGUUCUCGCUCUCUGUCAGUCAGUGCUUCAUGUUCUCGUGCUCUGUCAGUCAGUGCUUCAUGUUCUCUCUCUCAGUGCUUCAUGUUCUCUCUCUUUGUCAGUCAGUGCUUCAUGUUCUCUCUCUCUGUCUGUCAGUGCUUCAUGUUCUCUCUGUCUGUCUGUGCUUCAUGUUCUCUCUCUCUGUCUGUGCUUCAUGUUCUCUCUCUCUGUCAGUGCCUCAUGUCCUCUCUGUCUCUCAGUGCUUCAUGUUCUCUCUGUCUGUCAGUGCUUCAUGUUCUCUCUCUCUCUCUCUCUCUCUCAGUGCUUCAUGUUCUCUCUCUGUCAGUGCUUCAUGUUCUCUCUGUCUCUCAGUGCUUCAUGUUCUCUGUCUGUCAGUGCUUCAUGUUCUCUCUCUCUCUCAGUGCUUCAUGUUCUCUGUCUGUCAGUGCUUCAUGUUAUCUCUGUCUGUCAGUGCUUCAUGUUCUCUCUGUCUGUCAGUGCUUCAUGUUCUCUCUCUCUGUCAGUGAUUCAUGUUCUCUCUGUCUCUCAGUGCUUCAUAAUCUCUCUCUGUCUGUCAGUGCUUCAUGUUCUCUCUCUCUGUCUCUCAGUGCUUCAUGUUCUCUCUGUCUGUCAGUGCUUCAUGUUCUCUCUGUCUCUCAGUGCUUCAUGUUCUCUGUCUGUCAGUGCUUCAUGUUCUCUCUCUCUCUCAGUGCUUCAUGUUCUCUCUCUGUCUGUCAGUGCUUCAUGUUCUCUCUCUGUCUGUCAGUGCUUCAUGUUCUCUCUGUCUGUCAGUCAGUGCUUCAUGUUCUCUCUCUCUCUCUGUCUGUCAGUGCUUCAUGUUCUCUCUCUCUGUCUGUCAGUGCUUCAUGUUCUCUCUCUCUGUCUGUCUGUCAGUGCUUCAUGUUCUCUCUCUCUCUGUCUCUCAGUGCUUCAUGUUCUCUCUCUCUGUCUGUCAGUGCUUCAUGUUCUCUCUCUCUCUCUCUGUCUGUCAGUGCUUCAUGUUCUCUCUCUCUGUCUGUCAGUGCUUCAUGUUCUCUCUCUCUGUCUGUCAGUGCUUCAUGUUCUCUCUCUCUCUCUCAGUGCUUCAUGUUCUCUCUCUCAGUGCUUCAUGUUCUCUCUCUCUGUCUUUCAGUGCUUCAUGUUCUCUCUUUGUCAGUCAGUGCUUCAUGUUAUCUCUCUCUGUCUGUCAGUGCUUCAUGUUCUCUCUCUCUGUCUGUCAGUGCUUCAUGUUCUCUGUCUGUCAAUGCUUCAUGUUCUCUCUCUCUCCUCUGUCUCUGUGCUUCAUGUUCUCUGUCUGUCAGUGCUUCAUGUUCUCUCUGUCUGUCUGUGCUUCAUGUUCUCUCUCUCUGUCAGUGCUUCAUGUCCUCUCUGUCUCUCAGUGCUUCAUGUUCUCUCUGUCUGUCAGUGCUUCAUGUUCUCUCUCUCUCUCUCUCUCUCUCUCUCUCUCUCAGUGCUUCAUGUUCUCUCUCUGUCAGUGCUUCAUGUUCUCUCUGUCUCUCAGUGCUUCAUGUUCUCUGUCUGUCAGUGCUUCAUGUUCUCUCUCUCUCUCUCAGUUCUUCAUGUUCUCUGUCUGUCAGUGCUUCAUGUUCUCUCUGUCUGUCAGUGCUUCAUGUUCUCUCUUUGUCAGUCAGUGCUUCAUGUUCUCUCUCUCUGUCAGUGCUUCAUGUUCUCUCUGUCUCUCAGUGCUUCAUAUUCUCUCUCUGUCUGUCAGUGCUUCAUGUUCUCUCUCUCUGUCUCUCAGUGCUUCAUGUUCUCUCUGUCUGUCAGUGCUUCAUGUUCUCUCUCUCUCUCUCAGUGCUUCAUGUUCUCUCUCUGUCAGUGCUUCAUGUUCUCUCUGUCUCUCAGUGCUUCAUGUUCUCUGUCUGUCAGUGCUUCAUGUUCUCUCUCUCUCUCUCAGUGCUUCAUGUUCUCUCUCUGUCUGUCAGUGCUUCAUGUUCUCUCUGUCUGUCAGUCAGUGCUUCAUGUUCUCUCUCUCUCUCUGUCUGUCAGUGCUUCAUGUUCUCUCUCUCUCUCUGCCAGUGCUUCAUGUUCUCUCUCUCUGUCUGUCAGUGCUUCAUGUUCUCUCUCUCUCUCAGUCUCUCAGUGCUUCAUGUUCUCUCUCUCUCUGUCUGUCAGUGCUUCAUGUUCUCUCUCUCUCUCUCUGUCUGUCAGUGCUUCAUGUUCUCUCUCUCUGUCUGUCAGUGCUUCAUGUUCUCUCUCUCUCUCUCUCUCUCUCUCAGUGCUUCAUGUUCUCUCUCUGUCUGUCAGUGCUUCAUGUUUUGUUCAGCAGCUUUUGUCUCAGCUUAAUGUUAGUCUUUGUAUGAUGGGACUAUUAUUCUACUCUACAUGUUUUCCUUUUAAAUGUGAAGAAGCUGAAACAUUUGAAGUGGUAUCUUCUGUGAGUUUCAUUAUGAAUUGAGAAGUACAUGGAUGAUGUUUUGGUAUUAUUGCCAUUACUUAAAUAUGUGAUUUCGUUGUUUUUUUUUUAAGCAACACAUUUCAGUUUUAGUUUAUGACGAUAAUAAUGGUAAUGUACAUUUCUCUAUACCAGUGGUCUUGGAAAGAUCACCAAUUUGUACAUCAACUCACAUUCACCCUUUUACUCCAAACAACAUCCGGGAUUAUCAAUUAACUCCAACACUCCGGUCAAGAAAUACAUAUCUUUCACAAUUGGAUUGCCAAUGGAGAUGACCUGGUACUGUCUAGAGGUUAAGAGAUGACCUGGUACUGUCUAGAGGUUAAGAGAUGACCUGGUAGUGUCUAGAGGUUAAGAGAUGACCUGGUAGUGUCUAGAGGUUAAGAGAUGACCUGGUACUGUCUAGAGGUUAAGAGAUGACCUGGUACUGUCUAGAGGUUAAGAGAUGACCUGGUAGUGUCUAGAGGUUAAGAGAUGACCUGGUAGUGUCUAGAGGUUAAGAGAUGACCUGGUACUGUCUAGAGGUUAAGAGAUGACCUGGUACUGUCUAGAGGUUAAGAGAUGACCUGGUACUGUCUAGAGGUUAAGAGAUGACCUGGUACUGUCUAGAGGUUAAGAGAUGGCCUGGUAGUGUCUAGAGGUUAAGAGAUGACCUGGUACUGUCUAGAGGUUAAGAGAUGACCUGGUAGUGUCUAGAGGUUAAGAGAUUACCUGGUACUGUCUAGAGGUUAAGAGAUGGCCUGGUACUGUCUAGAGGUUAAGAGAUGACCUGGUACUGUCUGUUAAGAGAUGACCUGGUACUGUCUAGAGGUUAAGAGAUGACCUGGUAGUGUCUAGAGGUUAAGAGAUGGCCUGGUACUGUCUAGAGGUUAAGAGAUGACCUGGUACUGUCUGUUAAGAGAUGACCUGGUACUGUCUAGAGGUUAAGAGAUGACCUGGUACUGUCUAGAGGUUAAGAGAUGACCUGGUACUGUCUAGUGGUUAAGAGAUGACCUGGUACUGUCUAGAGGUUAAGAGAUGACCUGGUAGUGUCUAGAGGUUAAGAGAUGACCUGGUACUGUCUAGAGGUUAAGAGAUGACCUGGUACUGUCUAGAGGUUAAGAGAUGACCUGGUAGUGUCUAGAGGUUAAGAGAUGACCUGGUACUGUCUAGAGGUUGAGAUGACCUGGUAGUGUCUAGAGGUUAAGAGAUGACCUGGUAGUGUCUAGAGGUUAAGAGAUGACCUGGUAGUGUCUAAAGGUUAAGAGAUUACCUGGUAGUGUCUAGAGGUUAAGAGAUGACCUGGUAGUGUCUAGAGGUUAAGAGAUGACCUGGUAGUGUCUAGAGGUUAAGAGAUGACCUGGUAGUGUCUAGAGGUUAAGAGAUGACCUGGUAGUGUCUAGAGGUUAAGAGAUGACCUGGUAGUGUCUAAAGGUUAAGAGAUUACCUGGUACUGUCUAGAGGUUAAGCAAUGUCAUCUGUUUGCUGCAAAUGCACUCAAACCUGUCUAUCCUUUUGGACCAAAUUAGAAUCUGUCGUUAGGCCAUAUUACUAAAAACCUACUGGAUUUAAUGAUGUCUAGGUAACUGAUGUUUACCAGUUGUAAAUUUCACUGUGCCUUGCAAAUUCCUUUUUUUUUGUGAGUAUAAUAGGUUACUUCCCCAAUCUAGAUAUAGGACCUGGGCUGUCUAGAUAUAGGACCUGGGCUGUCUAGAUAGUGUAAGCGUGCUUCCUUUCAUUGUACCUUUCUGUCGUGAUCUCUGAUCUGGCAGGUGGAAGCAACAUACGCUGAAAGCCUCUCACCUAUCAUGAAGGAAAGGAGAUGAAAGAAGGAAGCCAGUGUAGUGGAUUCAGAUAUCUCCCAUAAAGCCCCAGUCUCCUUUAUAGGAAGCCCAAUACUCUUAGACACCGGCGUUGUUGUCUUAAAAAGGAAAGGAAUUGAUUUGGUAUAUGAAUGAACCUGCCAAACAAGCUGUUAAAUAUGUCCACCUGGUCAGGUCAAGGGGUCAGUAGUAACUCCAGGCUCUUAUGUCCACUACUACGGUGGCCCAGAGUGGACAUCUAUUUGUUUACAACCAAGGUUGGGCUAAAUUCCAUUUCAAUUCAGGAAGUAAAAAUUGGAAUUUCGGUAAUCGUCAAUGCUUUUUAAUGAGGAAACAUUUGGAAUUGGAAUUUGGUUUUAACUUUCUGAUUUGAAAUGGAAUCGACCCCCCCCCCUACCCUGUUUACAACCAUGUACAUUAUUACAUACCGAUGAAUGUUCUAGUUUGUUCAGUUCAAAGUGCCGCGUUUUGGUGUUUUCUUAAUGCAUCCCUCUCCAUUCAUGAGGUUGACGUACCUCUAGCUUGCUUUAGGUUUGGAUAAAAGCAUCAGAGCAAAGCUACACGUUGUUGUGUUCAUGUAUUUGACUUUUUUUUGGGGGGGGGGGCAUUCGGUUCUGAUUUUAUUUCAUUUUCUUUCUAGGUUGAUCAGCAAGCAAGUACAGUGGUGGUUGAAUUGACUCACUGCUUUUGUUAUUGAUUUGGUUGCAGCCAUUCUUCCUCUUGCAUCAUGUGUUUAAUUCUCUCUUUCUAGCCCGGGUCCCAGAUCUGUUUGUGUUCUUCCCAACUCCUUAUGGAGUCGUCAUGCAAAACAAUUGGCUUGAAAGAACAAACAAAAAAAAUACAUUUUGAGUUGGCAAGAGCACAAACAGAUCUGGGACCGGGCUAAUCUCUUUCCAACUGGGAUGAUGAUGAUGAUCGUGUGAAGUUUUGUAUUGGGAAGUUACACCCUGCCCACUGGGCACACGCUUGUUGAAUCGAUGUUGUUUCCAUGUCUUUUCAAUGACAUAACGUUGAGCCAACGUGAAAUAGACGUCCAGUUGACAUCUGUGCAGUUGGACCAUAUGCCGUGUUUGUUUUUUUUUGCUGUAGGGGGAAGUUGCCCCUAGAUACUGAUUCUGGGUCAGUUUUAUGUUUCUCCACUAUUGUUAAAAUUAGGAUUAGGGGAGCGGAAUCUGAUUCUGGGUCGGUACCUAGACAAAACUUGACCCCCGGCGUUUUCUCAUGUUUCCUACCUGGAAAGUAUUGGUGUGGAUCACAGUAACGGACUUGUGACCUGUUGUGAAGAUGUUCUAUAUGUUUUAGUGGGAAAGUGUUUUGUUUUUUUCCACCAUGUUGUUUUCUCUCUAUCUCAAAGUGAUGAUGAUGAUGAUGAAGAUGUCUGCUGAGUCCAAACUUCUCUCACUUUGGGGCCGUCACCUGGAAUAAAAAAACAAAAAGAUU